CCUUCUAGUGUAGCUGGAGGAUUUGGUUUCUCUGCGCGCAAAGGAGAGCGCUUCACAGGACCUUCAAGGCGAUCAUAUCUCUACACAGGAAUACACAGGGCGAUUAUUAACGCAGCAUUCGUUCACAUAUACGAUUUUCACUGUUAAGAUUAUUCAAUAUCCAUAAUGGAUCUUCUACCUGAGAAUAACUUGACAGAUGAGGUUCUGGAAUACCCGGUGUGCUCGGAAUGGAAGGAACAUCCCGAAGGAUCGGUGUUUCAUCUCGCGCAUAUUAUGCUGGUUUUGGGAUUUAUGGGAGGUAGUGGCUUUUAUGGAUUACUCUACAUGUUCUGCUUUUUAACGCUGGGCUUUUUCUGUUACUCGAUCUGGGCUUGGUCCGACCCCUGCACGACAGACUCGUUUUCAUGGACUUUUGCGCUUUUCGCCCUCUGUUUGGGACAGCUUAUCCACGUGGCGUACCGAUUACGAAGCGUCACUUUUGAAAAAGAGUUCCAGGAUCUGUAUGAAUGCUUAUUCAAAAAGCUGGGGGUGUCCUUAACACACUUCGGGAAAAUCGUGGAGUCUUGUGAAGGCGAUGUCCACACUAUUGAGAAAGACCACUUCUUUGCUAUGGAGGGUAAAACGCCUAUUGACAAACUGUCAGUUCUUGUUUCAGGCAGGAUACGAGUGACGGUAAACGGGGAGUUUUUGCACUUCAUCUAUCCAUUUCAGUUCCUGGACUCUCCAGAGUGGGAUUCCCUCAGACCCUCAGAAGAAGGCUUUUUUCAGGUGACAUUACGCGCUGAUAUCCGUUGCCGGUACGUGGCGUGGCGGAGGAAGAAACUGUACCUGCUGUUCGCGCAGCACCGCUACAUCGCCAAGAUCUUCGCGCUGCUGGUGCGCAAUGACAUCGCGGAGAAACUCUUCUCCCUGAACGACAAGGCUUUCGACAUCCGCGGGUUCCGCUAUGAUCUCCGGUUACCAAGCUUCUGUAACGGCCCGGGGCCAGAAAUAGCAAACACAAAUGAAUCCCGGCCAGUGCUGGGACAGAAUGAAACCAAACCAGCAGAGAGAGACUCGUGAAAAACCCCCACGCUCUAAUGUCUUAAAUGAUUGUGGUCCUCAUUUUUAUUCUGCAUUUUUUUAUAUAUCUUGAAUCCGCUUGAGAAUGCGUCCUUGUUUUUUAUCAGUGUAUUCUUUGUAUUUUAUUCUAUUCAAUUUUAGGUUACAGUUGACCAUGGACCACAAAACCAAUAUUAGGUUGUAUGGUUUAAUUGUAUAAGUCAAAAUUAGAUUUUUCUUUCAUGCCAAAAAGUAUUACACGUUAAAAGAAUUGCAAGUUACGUAAUAAUAUUUAUUUUUCCAAUGAAUAAAGUAAGACAUUACUUUAAAAAAGUUAAUAAUAUUUCAGUUACUCUUUUUUAAAUUACCUUUUAGAUUAAUUCGCUUUAAUAAACUAUUUUGCUGAAUUAAAAUUAAAGUAUAGUCACAUUAAGUCAAGCACUCAAGAGAAUGAGCUCCCAGCGGGAACAGACAGAAACCAAGAUGGCAGAGCCUUACAUUUCUGUGAUGGAAGUAUUCUUAUUAUUUUAAACACAUGGAAGAAAAGGAGAUAGUCUCAAUGGGCAGUGAUUUUACUGAACUAAUAUGACAAAAAUACAAAAGUAGCAAACACAUUGCUUUUAACUAUCAUUAAUCUGUAUAAACAGCAUGGCCUUAGGAAGUUCUCAGAAAGUAACAUUAUUCUAAUUUUCUUUUGAAUUAAUUGUUUAAAGGUAAAUAAAGGUGUAGCUUAUACAGUGUGUCGUUAAAUGCAGCGCUCCUCUAUUUAAAAAAGAGAAAAAUACCCUGCAAUUUCUGAAAGAGAUAAAGCCUCAGGUAGGUAUGAAAAAGUAACUCAAAAGUAAUGUAACGCAUUACUUUCUAUAGAAAGUAACAAAGUAACGCAAUAGUUACUUUUUUGGGGAGUAACUCAAUAUGCAUUACUUUCAAAAGUAACUUUUCCCAACACUGGUAAAGAUCACGCUCCAUGAAGACAUUUGGUACAUUUGCCUCCCUAAAUACAUCAAAAUAAAUAUUUUUAUUAGUAAGACGUACUGCUAAAAACUUAAUUUGGACAACUUUAAUUGUGAUUUUUUUCUCAAUAUUUAGUUUUUUGGACCCUCAGAUUCCAGAUAUUCAAAUAGUUACAUACACUGUAAAAAAAAAUUUGUAGUCUUAAUUUUUUUUGUUGAAUCAAAUAAACUUUACUAGUCAUCUCAACUAACCUCAAUCAAACUGACUAAAAUAUUAAGUCAAACUUUGUGCAACUUUAAAAAAUUAGUUGGAACCUGAUUAAUUAAAAAAUAAAUAAGUUGUUAAAAAAUAAGUCAAAGCAGCAUAAAAAUAUUCAUUGUCUUUACUUUUUGUUGUUCAUUUUCAUUCAUACAGUUAUCAAUGAAAAAGGUUAUUUAUUCUGCUCUCAGAUUAUGUAUAACCCCAGUUACCAAAAACUGACCCUUAUUAUUGGUUUUGUAGUCCAGGGUAACAAUUUAUUUAAAAUGUCCGGUUACACAAAAAUAUGGUAUUUAAUAAAAUGUUAUUACAGUGUUUAUUUAGGCAUGUAUUUCUAAAAAAAAAUGUUGUUUGGAAGGAUGAGAGAUUCCACAUGAAAAAACACUGAAGUAAUUUGUUUUGUCAUAAAUACUAUAAUGUUUUUGAACCAUAUUAUAGCAUAUUAUAUUAUAGUCUAGUACAGGGGUAUCCAAAUUCGGUCCUGGAGGGUCUAUGUACUGCAGAUUUUAGCUCCAACUUGCCUCAACACACCUGGAAAGACGUUUCUAGAAAGCUUAGCAAGAGCUUGAUUGCUUGCUCAGGUGUGUCUGGUUGAGGUUGGAACAAAACUUUGCAGGACACUGGCCCUCAGGACCAAGUUUGGACACCCCUGGUCUAGUACAACUCUUCGUUAAUGAAUGCUCCAGCAUACUGUAUAUAAACUAGUGAACUGCUAAUAUGUUGUAAAUUCUAUAGUAUAGUAUACUUUAGGUUGUACAACAGAAAACUGGUGUAUUAAUUGUAGUAUAAUCCACUCACCGGCCACUUUAUUAGGUACACCUGUCCAACUGCUUGUUAACGCAAAUUUCUAAUCAGCCAAUCACAUGGCAGCAACGCAAUGCAUUUAGGCAUGCAGACAUGGUCAAGACUGAGCAUCAGAAUGGGGAAGAAAGGUGAUUUAAGUGACUUUGAACAUGGUUGUUGGUUCCAGACGGGCUGGUCUGAGUAUUUUAGAAACUGCUGAUCUACUGGGAUUUUCACAUACAACCACCACUAGUGUUUACAGAGAAUGGUCCGAAAAAAAUAUCCCUGUCACCAUGUCAUAAAGCGCAAAUCACCUCAGACUGGUUUCUUGAACAUUACAAUGAGUUCACUGUACUCAAAUGGCCUUCAUAGUCACCAGUUCUCAAUCCAAUAGAGUACCUUUGGGAUGUGGUGGAACGGGAGAUUCACAUCAUGGAUGUGCAGCCGACAAAUCUGUAGCAACUGCGUGAUGCUGUCAUGUCAAUAUGGACCAAAGUCUCUGAGGAAUAUUUCCAGGACCUUGUUGAAUCUACGCCACGAAAGAUUAGUUCUGAAAGCAAAAGAAGGUCCAAACCAAUACUACUAAGGUGUACUUAAUAAAGUGGCCGAUGAGUGUAUAUAGUUUAAUAUAUAGUGAGUAUUGGGUAGUUUUUUUUUCUAUUGUUGUAUAUUAACAUGCAUAAUGUAUAUAUCAAGCAUUGUAUAUUAUCUUACUAGAGUAUGGUUAAAAAAAACUAUUGUAUUUAUUAAAAAUCACUAUAGUAUUUUUUCAUAUGGGAUUUAUAUCAUUUUUGUGGAAGCUUUAAUAUUAAAGCACAAUUAUUUCAGUAUAUCUACUUUACCCAUAAAUGAUUGCAUCAAAUAAGAAAACAUUCAACACAACACUGUGCCGAUGUGAUAUUUGACUGUUUCCUGUGUCAUGUUUGCUUUACACACAUAUUAAUUGUUCAUCUUAA